AUGUGCCGAAAAACCUGCAAGUUUUGCUGCGAAGAUCCCCGUUACAACUGCAAAGACGAUGCUAACCAUCCGCUUAUCAAUCGUACUGAACUUCAGUCCCAAAACCGUUUUGGUACAGCAUCGUUGAAGAGCAUUAUUGUGCAGUACUGUCCUGCGACAUGCGCUAUGUGCAACGGAACGGGAACUGCUGGGGUUUGCAAGGAUGAGAAGCAGCCGUAUGUGACGUGA